AUGGCGGACGACACACGGCAGCCAGAUACCGUCUCUAAAGAGGACGCGGAUCAAGCAGAUACACGCGCGCUUAGGCGACCCAAACCCAGGCAUGACUUUCCGAAGACUCAGGCUGGAAAGAUGUGGGAGGUCCUGGGCAAUCCUGCAGAACCGGCAAAUGCGCUGCCCGGAGGAACAUACAACUCAGCCGGCGGAAGGCCUGUGGACGUGACCUGGAAAGAUGCUUUCAGCUUUAAGCAUGAAGGGAAUGGCUAUGCGUGGUAUCAGGCGCCAUGCGCAAGGGAUUCAUUGUUGGUCGGCAUGGGAGCAGGAGGCGCGGUGGGUGGUCUGAGAUUCAUUCUGAAAGGGCUCUCCUCCAUGUUAACAACCGCCAAUUUCGCUGUCGCUGGCUUCGUCCUGUCAGCUUCUGGAAUGUACUAUUGGUGUGACCAGCGACGCAGAGAGGAAGCCCGAGGGAUGGCCCUUGCUGUUCAGGGCAUGAAGAUGUUACAUGAAAAGAAAGCUCGUGAGAAGUUGGCUGCGGAAGAGGCUGCUCGAGCGGCGAUGGCUGCGAAGGCCGAGGAGGAGGAGCGUAGGCGGAAGCAGCAAUGGUAUAAAUUCUGGUGA